UUAUACAAUUUUGUAAAUAAGUGAUUUUUCUCCUUCACUGAUGUGCGCUAAUGAGGCUGCAGUGAUGGGCACUGAUAAGUGGCACUGAUGAGGAGGCACUGGUAGGUUGCACUGAUGGGCAUUGACAGGCAUCACUGAUACAUGACACUGAUAUGGCACUGAUAGGUGACAUUGAAAGGCAGCUCAGAUGGGCACUGAUAUGUGGCAUUGAUGUGCACUGGUAUGCACUGAUAUGUGGCACUGAUGGGCACUGGCACGUGGCACUGACAGGUGGCACUUCUGGGGCCACACUGAUCAUCAGGGCACACGGAUCAUCACUGUCAGCGUGAC